AUGCAAAUUAUAAGUAUAGCAGAGGAGAAGAAGAUGUAUAACACUGUAGAAGACGUGCAGGACUUAGUAGAAAGAAUAAAGGAGUCAGCUGCCACACUCAAGGGAAUAGACCUAAGCGAGAACUCUUUCUCACCGGAGGCACUGGAGCAAGUGCUUAUUGAGCUGUCAAAGAUAGAAGAGAUUGAAACAGUUAUUUUCAAAGGAAUAUUUACGCAGAGAGUGAAGGAACAAGUGUAUCCCAGCCUGCAGAGCAUUGUAAAAUAUAUCACACCGCUAAAAAAGAUAGUCUACUUUGACAUUUCAGACAAUGCGCUCUCCUUUAAUGGAAUGGAAAUACUUGCACCAAUGAUAGAGAAGAUGCACGUGCUGAAGCAUUUAGUAAUGAACAACAAUGGAAUAGGAAUUGACGGAGGAGUAUUUCUGGCAAAGGCGCUAGAAAAUCUUUCAAAGGAAAGCACUGCACUGGAGUCUUUGGAGGUGGGAAGAAACCGGCUUGAGGAGUCAGCCACUAAGCUGGGGAAGGCACUGGAGCUCUUUCCAUGCCUAGACUCUCUGAAAAUAUACCAGAACAGCAUCAACACCAUUAACAUAGGGAAUCUUCUGACAUCCUUAGGAUGCUUAAGUAUGCGGAUUCUAGACAUAUCGGACAACUUCCUGCUGGAGUACGGGUCAAAGGUCCUUUCCGAGUCGAUGAAAAACUGGCCAAUUGAGUACAUGAACAUUGCAGACUGCAUUAUGUCAGACAAAGGGCUUGCAGUAUUUGAAAGCGCACUGGUAGAGCAUAUAUCUGUGCAGGGAGAGCUGAUCUCAGAGAAGGAGAUAGACAUGUCUUACAACGAUAUAACAGAAGAGUCCGUCGAUAUUCUGCGCGCAAUUGUAAGAAAGUCAAAUGACACCAAGCUAGUUCUAACAGGAAAUGAAAUAGGAAAACAGGAGAUGCAGCUAAUAAUGAAGGAUGCAGAAAAUACCACAUGCGAGAUAGAAUUUGAAGAGGAAGAGGAUGACUUGAUGUUCUCGUCAGAAGAAAAGGAAAAGACUAUCUCUGAUGAGGAGGAUGUAAUGCGAAAGCUAGAAGAGCAAAUAUCUGAAAUAACUCUAAAGAAAAGUGAAGAGAACACAAGCUUCUCUCAAUGA